AUGAAAACAGUUAUAUGUAUUGGUAUGGCUGGUUCAGGGAAGACAACCUUUAUGCAAAGGUUGAAUUCCCAUCUGAACGCCUCCAAGCAUCGUCCAUAUGUGAUCAAUUUGGAUCCUGCCGUAUUGAAAAUCCCAUUCGGUGCAAAUAUCGACAUUCGUGAUUCUAUAAAGUAUAAGAAAGUUAUGGAGAAUUAUGGAUUAGGCCCAAAUGGUGCAAUCGUAACGAGUUUAAAUUUAUUCAGCACUAAACUAGACCAAGUUAUUAAAUUGGUAGAGAAUAAACGGGAUAAGUUUGAACAUUGUAUAAUAGAUACUCCUGGUCAAAUCGAAUGUUUUAUUUGGAGUGCAUCUGGGGCAAUUAUCACAGAAUCAUUUGCUUCAACAUUUCCAACCGUUAUUGCGUAUAUUGUAGAUACUCCAAGAAAUUCUUCUCCAACUACCUUCAUGAGUAAUAUGCUUUACGCAUGUUCUAUCCUUUAUAAAACCAAAUUGCCAAUGAUUGUUGUCUUCAAUAAGACAGAUGUUACAAAAGCAGAUUUUGCGAAGGAGUGGAUGACUGACUUCGAGGCUUUCCAAGAGGCUUUAAAGGUUGACCAGGAAUUAAAUGGUGAACUUGGCAACAGUUCCGGAUAUCUAGGUUCCCUUGUCAAUUCUAUGUCUUUGAUGUUGGAAGAGUUCUAUUCUCAAUUAGAUACAGUUGGCGUUUCUAGUCAUACUGGUGAAGGGUUCGACGAGUUUUUGAAAGCCGUAGACAACAAAGUAGAGGAAUAUGAAAAUUACUAUAAAACUGAACGUGACAGAAUCUUGGCUGAAAGAGCUGCAAAGGAACAGGCUCGGAAGGAGAGUUCUUUAGAAGGGCUAAUGAAAGAUCUCGGUAUCAAAGACCAAAACAAAAGGGACACAUCCACCAAGAAUGACGAUGAGGCAGAGGUUGUAAGUGAUGUAGAAGAAGGCGAAGAUGAUGGGUUGGUACUCAGGGAUGAAGAUGAAGAUUUAGAAAGGGAAUACACCUUUGCGGGUGAUGAAAGAACCACUGGAACAAUAAACGAUAAUUAUCCAGAUUUACAAAGGAAGUACGAAGAAGAUUUAUCUAAAACAGCAAAGUCUGCGAGUAGUCAAACCGCUGAAAAUAUUGCCCGUUAUUUGAGAAAAUAG